CGGUCCGGGGGCGGUGCCGCCGGCGGCGCUGUGCUGCGGAACGACCCCAGCAGCCAGGAGGCAGCUCCUCCUUCUUCUCCUCCUCCCUCUGCGCCGGGGAGGGCUCGGCCGCGGCAGCCGGGCUGCGCUGCCCCGCCGUCCUGUGUCCGCCCGCGUAUGCCAUGGACUGGCAGGUGCUGACCAGGGAGCUCUCCCUCUACCUGGAGAGCCAGGUCCGCGUGGGGCUCUUCGGCUCCGGCGUGGGCUUGUCCAUGGUGCUGGGCUUCGGUGUCGCCUACGCCUGCUACUACCUCAGCAGCAUCGCCAAGAAACCCCAGCUGGUGACCAGCAACGACCGUUUCUGCCGCUUUCUCGAGGAAUAUUGCCCUGUUGUGACAGAAACGUACUAUCCCACAAUUUGGUGCUGGGAAGGCCGGGUGCAGACACUCCUGCGUCCCUUUAUCACCUCCAGACCCCAAGUACAGUAUAGGAAUGAGCUCAUUAAAACAGCAGAUGGAGGACAGAUUUCGUUGGAUUGGUUUGAUAAUAAUGACAGUUUAUAUUAUCCGGAUGCCAGCACGAGACCCACUGUCCUGUUACUGCCUGGCCUGACAGGAACAAGCAAGGAAUCAUACAUUCUUCAUAUGAUCCAUCAAAGCGAAACGCUGGGAUAUAGAUGCGUGGUUUUUAACAAUCGGGGAAUUUCUGGUGAGGAUCUUUUGACACCAAGGACUUACUGUGCCAGUAACACAGAGGAUUUAGAGACCGUUGUUCAUUACGUGCACAACCUGCACCCCUUGGCUCCCCUCAUGGCGGCCGGUGUUUCUAUGGGAGGCAUGCUUCUUUUAAAUUACCUGGGCAAAACUGGCAGAGACACUCCUUUAAUGGCAGCUGCAAUUUUCUCUGCGGGUUGGAAUGUUUUUGAAUCUAUAGCAUCCCUGGAGAAGCCACUAAACUGGCUUCUUUUCAACUAUUACUUGACUACUUGUCUACAAUCCUCUGUCAGCAGGCAUCGACAGAUGUUGGAGAAAUCAUGUGAUAUAGAUCUUGUGAUGAAGGCUAGAUCUAUUAGAGAAUUUGAUAAGCAGUUCACUUCAGUCAUGUUUGGCUACCGUACAGUUGAUGAUUACUAUGAAGAUGCUAGCCCCUGUCGCAGGCUGAAGUCAGUAGGAGUUCCAGUGUUAUGUCUAAACUCUGUGGAUGAUGUUUUCUCACCAGCUCAUGCUAUACCUGUAGAAACUGCCAAACAAAAUGAAAAUGUUGCUUUGGUUCUGACUUCGUGUGGAGGCCACAUUGGUUUUCUGGAAGGAAUAUGGCCAAGGAAGUGCACUUACAUGGACAGAGUCUUCAAGCAGUUUGUGCAAGCUGUGUUUGAGCAUGGAAAUAAAAUCUUCAGCAUGUAGCUUUGGACCAGUAUUACAGCCCAGUGGCACAUUCUGACAAGGGCAGUUAAGCUUCAUGCACAAAUUUUAACUCCUGUAAGCCAGCAAAUGGAUGAAGUCCAUUACUACAUGCAAAAAUAUUUUUUGCAUAAGAUUUUGUAGCAAGAAACUAAGUAUUAUGUUGUCAAUUUUAUAUUUCUUUUUAAUAUGCCUUACUAAGAAUGACCUUAAAUGAAACAGCAUUCUGCAUACAUCAAAUUGCACCUAACCAAAACCAUCAAGUAAACAUUGUAAUUCCUCAGGAUUUUAAUUUAAACCAGUACAUAUUUAGGAGAGUUGAUUUAGAUGGCUUUUAAUAUUAGAAUGCCAACACUCAAAAUAGCAUAUAUUAUCCUGUCACACAUUGUACAAGUUGGCCCAUUCCUUAGGGCACGGAUGGUGAAAAUCUUAAAAAUAUGAAAACAGAAGAAGGCAGGAACACGAAGAAGCACUGGUUCUUCAAGUAAGUCAAAAUUUCAGCAUGUUGUUCCAUAGCAUUAGAUUGAAAUCUGCUUUUGCUGUUUUACCCUGAGAAUAUUCAGAUUUAGGGCUAGUUAUAAUUUUUUAAACUAUGUCAAUGUGAUAUUUGCCUUACAUGAUUGUUUUUAAAGAGCUAAUUUAUAGUGUUUACAUAUAACCAAAAGAUUCCUUUAAAACAGUACUUUAACAAUUUUCUGUAAUUAAGAGACAUCUUGCAUCUCAAAAUUUAUGUAAAGCUGGGUGUUGUCAUAGAAUGUAAUACAUACUUCAUGUAACUGGUAAACUGAGUGAUUCUAUCUGUUAUGUUUAUAUUAUCCUGCAAGAACAUUUCACUUUUACAGAAUAAACAUUAGAACACCAGAAAAUUAUGAUACAAUCUGCUUUAAAUUAAAAGAAAAAUCCAAACCCUUUGUCUCUGCCAUUGUUUCAGAUAAUUUCUAAAAAGAUUGUAACAAACUGUUUAAAGCAAGCUGGGAGCUGGGGUGGGGGCUUGGAGCUGUGUCUCUCUGGUUUGUUUAUUUGAUCAUUUGUCAGCACUUCGGCAACAGGUUGUCAAAUCAUUGAAGCCUUUGCAAAGAGGUUUCUGCCUUAGUGGCUGACAAGUUUAUGAGGCUGACCAGAGCAUCACUGUCCUCCUCAGCCCUGAAACAGAGAGAGAGGCAACACGAGACCCUUGAGGAAAAAGGAUGGUUGGACAGAAAGUAUUUCGAAACUGGUGAGACAGCAUAAUUUAGGGCAUACUGAAAUUUUUUAAAGGCUUUUAACCAGCUUCUGUGGAGCUCCCACCUUGUACCGAUCACUGAUUUGGGCCCAGCCACACAAGAUAAAGCAGUAAAGAUGCCUUUGCAUUUUUAUUUUUAUCUUUGGAACAGGGUCAGUACAAGAAGAAAACAUGGAUAAAAAAGCAAGUCGGGUCUUUUGUCUCAAGCAGUACGUGAACAGUCCUCUUGCAAGGCGUGUUUCCUAGUAACAGCAAAGGAAGAACAAAAAUACUUCUUGUCUUUAGAAAAAGAAAUUGGAACACGCUAUACGAAAACAAAUUUAGUUGGGUGGAAGAUUAAAUUAAAAAAUUACAAACUGCUUUCAAGUUUUGACUUUUCAGACAAGCAUUGGCCCUUGCCCAAAUAACAAAAUCUUAUUUUUUCUCUAAUAAGCAAAAUGAGAAAAGUGCAUUUUGUGCAUGUUACUACAAUACAUGAAAUCAGCAUGUUAGUAGGGUGCCUUAUUUAUUCUUACAUUCAUUUCCAGCUUUUAUGUCCAUACAAAACCAAUGAGCAAUAAACAGUGUAUUGAGUAUUAUAUUUGUAAAAUUGUUUGGGUAUGGUACUGUUCAAAACUCAGCAUCAAGUAUUAAUAAAAAUAAAACCACUUAUAUUGAAAGCACACCUUGAUGUUUAAAUAAAAGCAACAUGAUUAAUGGCAGAA